GUUUGGGCUAGCUCGUCGUCCUCGCGGCCAUUUUUGCUGAAAGUGAACGGGCGCCAUGUCUGAGGGAGAUAUAUAUAUUGAAUGCGUCGCAAAUAAUAACCGUCUCUGUUCAGCACUCCGCCUGCAGUGUCGCUCCGAGGCAGCUGCCCGCCGACGGGACGGUAACAGAGCUGGGGUUUUAAAGCUGUGUUCACAGCAUAAAAGUCUCAUCAGUGACAUGAGAGUGUCUGUUAACCGUCUCUCAGUGUAGAGACGAGUAUCCGUCCGUGCGUGUUUCUCUCUCCAGACUCAUACCCUCCUUCAUCAGCUCUCACAGCCGGCCAGCGCCUCCAUGAGUGACUGAGAGCCUCUCAGUGUUGUUGCGGAGAAGAGCAGCUCCGUUUCCAACCAUCAUGGCUUUUGUGAGCCUCUUCUCCUGCCCCCCAAACCCCGUUCUUGACAAAAACAUGCCAGACUCUGAGCUGGCAGGCGAUGAAAGGGAAGACGGUGAACUGGAGGACGGAGAGAUAGAUGAUGAGGGCAUUGGAAUUGAAGAAAAAGAAGAUGAUGAAGUUGCUGCAGAACUGGUACAAAAAGACAAAGAAAAAAUGCGGGAAAAAGAAGAUAAAUCACACCGACACUCACAGAAAAGACACAAGAAAAUAAAAGAGAAGCGGAAGUCAAAAAGAAGAAGAAGGGACAGACAGAAGCACCACUCUCCUUCCAGUGACUCCAGUUCAGACAGUUAUAGCUCUGAUUACGACCAUCAAGAAAGGCCCAACAGCAAAAAAAACAAAGGCACUUACCGGGACUAUGAUGAGCAGUUUGAGCAUCAGGAUCAUGAUCAUGAACACAGCGUGGGUCAUGGAAAGCCACAAAGAUCAAGAAACAGCGAGAGUGAGGACACAUAUGACUAUGAUGAAGACCAGAAUGACUUUAGUGAGGAACUGUCCAAAUACAAGCAAGCAAAGGAUUCAAAUACUUCCAGCCAAGGAAAACAACAUAAAGAGCAUGUGAACAGACAAGGCAUGAAUAGGCAACAGUUUAGUGGCCUGCGUGGUCGAGGUCGUGGUGGCAGAGGGAUGGGCAGGGGGCAUGGUGCCCUCAAUAAGAACAAGAAACAGAAAAGCAAGACCUGGGGCCACGGCCGGGGGAGAGGAGGAGAACGUGGGGGAGAUGGAGCACCAACAGAAGCCAAAGGCCCGCCAAGUUUCCAGAAAAAACGUCCUAUAAUGAGUCAAGAGUUCAUCAGUCAGCAUACUAUUGAGCACAAUGGGAGAAACAUCUGCAAAUAUUUCAUUGAGGGUAGAUGCAUCAAGGGGGACCAGUGCAAGUUUGAACACGACAACGUUGUUCCAGGGAAGAAGAAAGAGCUGUGCAAGUUCUAUGUUCAGGGAUACUGCACGAAAGGGGAAAACUGCAUUUACAUGCACAAUGAAUAUCCUUGUAAGUUCUUCCACACAGGAGCGAAGUGCUACCAGGGAGACAACUGCAAAUUCUCUCACGAUCCUUUAACUGAGAUUACCAAGGAGCUGUUAGCCAAGAUCUUGAACACUGACGAAGAUCAUGCCCAUGAUGAUGAGCUGGAACUGGAGGAUUUGAGAAAGCAUGGUAUAGCUCCCAUACCCAAACCACCACCAGGGGUAGGGCUGCUUCCAACACCUGGCUCAGGGAGCCCCCAGGACGGAAGCAAAAAGAUCCCCUCCCUGUUUGAGAUCAAAGUACAUCCUACUGUGGACUUGGCACAGAAGAUUGCUUUAAGGCCCAAUUUCUACAACAGUACAUCACCCCCUGCUGGACAGUUUCAGGGCAGUGAGGGUGAUGCUCAGUUCAUCGGUUCUGCAGAGGACAUGCAAGCUGGGACCAUGAUGUCUCCAGGCCACAAUCAUCAACCCCCACCGCCAGUGUCACCCGGGUCCAUGGGUAGCCCAUCCACCCACUUUCCAGUCCCAGGUCUUCCCCAAAGCCCCCAGAUACAAAUCCCACCACAAGGAUUUGGGCAGGGCCCUCCUCUACUCCCCAAUCAGCACUUCCAUGGCAACCUUCAGCACAUGGACCAUCAGAGCCUGCAGAGUUCAUCAUUUCAGUCUGACAUUCAGACACAGAUGAACAUGCCCUCAGAGUUUUUUAAGAACUUGUUCAGCAGCCACUCCCUUGGUUUAGCAGAAGAGAGUCCAUCAGGGUCCAUGCAGGACCCCCAACAGGGCAGUGCUGGGUCCCACAGUGGCAUGCAGGACUUUUUGCCUGCUGUUCAGAAAGUCCUGCUUCUGCACAUGAACCAGAACCAGCAGGACUCGGAUUCUCACAGACCAGACAUUCAGGGCCAUUUACCCACUGGCAGAGACAAAGAUGAAAGUACAAAUUGGUACUCUAGUGAUGAUGAAGAUGGCAGCAGUGUGACUGCAAUCUUAAAGACUCUUAAAAAACAGAACGAAAUGCUGAACACGCAGCAGCCACAUGCUAACUUCCAGAAGCUCGGCAUCGCCCCAGCCCCUCAUGCUGACCCCAGACUACACCACAAGGACUACAGGGCUUCGUCUAAUGACCCCAGAGUGAAGGUCGAACCUAAGCUGCAUGCUCAUGCUGAUGCUGCUGUUCUGGACCCCAGGAUGGCCCGAGACCCGCGCAAGAUGAAACCAGCAGAGUCAAAUUCCUCCAUAAAGGUGGGUUCUCACCGCCCCCUUCACCACCCAGGCUCUUCCUCAUCUCUGAAGGCUCCUGCUGGAGAGGAGGAUGAGGAGGGAGAGAGGGAGCUGAGAGAGAAAGCUGUCUUGAUCCCAUUGGAUCCCAGUCCUAGGGCUAUACUGAGGGACCCUCGCUGUCAGAUCAAGCAGUUCAGCCACAUUCGGGUCGAUAUCCUCCUUCAGCGGCCUGCCUUCGCUCACAGUGUAGUGUGGGCAGCAGAAGACCUCAUCCCACUGCUGAUUCCCAGGCAGGAUCCCUCUAUUAACCUGCCUCUGCCACCCCUCAUUGCGGACGCCCAGCUGAAUCGUAGCCUCUCGUCUCCACCGGACCACAUCCAGUCUUCUGCGCUAGGCCCUCCAGACCCUCGUCUUGCAGCUGCCCGCCUGAAAGAGGGUGUAACUAGACUGAAUAGCCCUCCUGGCAGGACUCUCGAGUCUCGUCUCAGUGUGGACAAGCCAACAGACCCCCGCACCCACAAGAUAGAUCCCAGGAUCAGUCGUUCGGCAAGUCUAGAUUCUAAGCUGCCUUCUAUGAGAGAGGGUUCCUCUGUGGUUGGGGUGGUGGAUCCAAGGUUGCAGCAAGGUUGUAGGACAGCUGGGUCCACCAGUCAACCAGUUGCUUCUGCAAAACCAGAUUCUGAGAAGCUGCCACCCUACGCCCCUCGUCUGGCCUCCUCCAGCGGAAAAGGUCUGGAAAGCCCAACAGCACUGCUCGAAGGUAUCAGUUUGUAUGAUCCUCGCAACCAAAGCUUACUCUCGUCCCCCAAAUGGGAGGCUGAGGAUCCUCAGAAAAAGGUGGGCAUCCUAAAGCAGCCGGUAAAACAUGGCAGCCCUCCACCUCAACAUCUCCAAGCACCACCCCACCAAUUAGCAGAAACAGCAGCUGAAAACAACAGCAAAGCUUCUGAUGAAGACUCUAAAAGUCAGAGCAGCAGCUGCUGCCAGCCAGGUCAGCUCCUGCCCAAAGCAGAGCUGGCAUCUCCCUGCCUGCCCACCCCCGUGGCCGCACCUGCUUUGCAUAAUUUACCCAUACUGCCACUGGCAGGGCUGAUGCGACCAGCAUACACAGACCCUCGCCAAAACCGGCAGAGCGGACCGACCGCCGGAGCCCAAGAGGUUGCAGAUGAUGAUAACGGUCAUGGUGAUAAAGAAGAAGAUAAGGAAGGAGACAACAAGGACAGGCUACUUAAGGAUGUGUUCAAGACCUUUGAUCCCACAGCUUCACCAUUCUGUCAGUAAACACUCUUUGUGUUUGUGUGAGUGCUGACAACUCAAUGUGGAACUUUAUCUCCGCUAAGCAUCACACCCUGCAGUUUUACUGUAGUUUACUGUAACAUUGUGAAGUAUUUUCAUAUUUAUUUAUAUAUUUUUUGUUUUGUACAUGCACUUCUCCAUGCAUAAUGCCUCCAAUAUUAUGCUAUUCUUUGUCUAUUGACUGUGCCACUGAAUUAGUUAUGGAGUUAGAGAGAUUAGACAGACAUAGUACUUGAAAGUUACAGAUAUACAGUUUUUCAGAAUGCUGCAGUGAAUUGCAUUGGCAGAGACUUUGCUGGUGGUGUACACCUGUAAUUACAAAUGUGAUAUGAGGGGGAAACUAUCACACAGGUAUUGAUAGUGAUGUAAAUGUUGUGGUAUGUACAGCAUAAUGUAUUGCAGUUGAACAUAAAUAUCAUUUAAAGAUGUAUGUGUGACAUGCAGCUGUGGUACGAUUAUAGCAGACAUUUUAUAACAUUGUGCAAAGCAAAUUAUUGUAAUAAUUUCAAAAAGGUGUGUGUGUAAAUACAUGGCUAAUAUACCACAACCAUUUUAUUAUGGGUAACAUUUUAUAAUAAGGGUACAUCAAUUAACAGUUCUGACAGCUGUUUGGUAAUUAUUCAUUUCUUAAUUAUAUGGUCUUAAUUCAUCAUUAUUUACAUCAUUUUUAAUCAUCAAAAUCUAGCACUAUGUAAUAAUUUAACUAGUGUCUAUUAAUAAAGUUGAGACAUUUACUUAAUCCUUUAACUAUAUUUAUUUCUGGUGAAAGUGCUGUUAUUUGUGACCCUUAUUAUAAAGUCUUGCCUUAUUUUCUUUUUUUCUCCAAAGCAUACUUUAUUACUGUCAUCGUUGUGCUAAGAGACAAUACGAGCUACGGUUAAUCUAGAUUUCAAACUAAUAUCAAAAUAAUAUAAGAAAAUCUUUGGUUUCUUAUAUAAAGUAGAGCUUGUUAAAAUCUUUUAGCACCUUAUAUCAGUCUGCAUUUCUAUUAAUGUUUUUAUUGGGUCAUGAAGUUUUUUUUUUGUAUUCUGAUUUUGUUUACAUCUUGGAAUAAGGACAUUGCAAGAUCAGUCAUGUUACUUUGCCUUUUUUAUUGUGUCUUAAAUAAAAUGAAAAAUAUCUAACUUUUCA